AUGUCCAUUUGGGAGGCGGGUAGUGCUACAAACCUAAAUCUCAUGUGUUGCCCUUUAUGUCAUCGUGACCGCGAUUCGAGGGAUCAUCUAGUUUUUGAAUGUUCGUAUUCUAAGGAGGUUUGGGUUGGUAUUAGGGAAUUGGCGAAUAUGGGCGAUGUUAAUUGCCGUUGGGAUGAUAUAAUGAAUUGGAUGGAUCAAAACUCCACUAGUCAACCGGUCAAUGUUGUGAGCCGAUUGGUGGUUGCAGCGGCUUCCUACUUCGUGUGGCAAGAACGGAACUCCAGGCUCUUCACUCGGAAUCAACGUACAACAAUAGUCUUAUCUCAGGAGAUCAUUAAAACUGUUCGUAUGUGGCUCAUGACCUUCAAAUUCAAACAGGGAUUUGCGAAUAGGAAUCUCCUUCGGAAGUGGAACAUUCCUAGCAGUAACUUGGAUAUUGAUCCUGGCUAG